AGGAAAACUCCUAAAGGCGUGGCUUUAUCAUUGCUGAAACAAACACCUGUAACCGAAAACCAUUAAAGGACGCUGCUGGCGGCGUCCAUUCUAAUCUACAAUUGAGGAUUACAAAAUGGUGGAACAAGCACUAGUAGCGAACAGUGCCGUUUCCCCUCAGGCUGGACCUGGCGAGGUGGAAAACUACAUUCCCUCCAAUAUCAACAUGAGGAGAGCUACUCAAAUAAUUGGCCAUCAGCUGGCUCAGAUCGGAGAUGAACUGAACAGUAGGUGGAGGGAGAAGCUCCCCCAGCAACAACUCCUACACUGGCAGGUUUAUCCAAACAUACUGAUUUGGAGAGCCAUCAACAGGAGGAUCAUAGGCAGCCUUCAGUGGUCUAAGAUCAUGCCGAUGGUAAGAGCAUCCAGGCUGGUUCCAGAGCUGCACACACAAGCUUGCCAAGCAACUAUGAAAUGGAUCAAUUGGGUGAAGCCACACUUUCCUCAUUGGUCCUGGAAGACAAAAUACGUUCUCGCUUCUGCUGCCCUGCUGGUAGCUGCAACUGUCUUUAGCGCAACCAAGAUUUAAACCAACAUUCAGAAAAAGGGCCAAGAGCAGGUCUUUGGUGGAUCUACGAGUGGGUCAAGAAGGAUAAAACGUGUUCAUUUUUAUAUAAUUUUGUAUGAUUGUUUUCUACCUGAUUGCAACUUGAGUGCUGGUUCACAUGAUUUUUGUAAGUUGUCGGAUGCCGUUGUUGGUUUACAGUAGGGUCUGUUGCUGGUUAAUUGGGCCAUAUUCAUUCUCUUACCUCUUCCUGUAAAAGAACUGCUCAACUAUUAUAGGAAGCUGGACUUUCAAUUUGAUGUCUUCACUGCAAAGCUAAUAAUAAUAAUAAUUAUAAUAAUAAAAAUGUUAUUGGAUUGAA